AUGACUAAGGAAGACGAGCUGCGGACGUCUGCCGGGGAGCGGUGCGGCGUUCUCACGGAAUGCACGGCGUCGCACAACGACAACGAGACGGACGAGGAACUUCUGCUGAAGGAGGACGCGCAGAGUCCGCGCCGGAAGGUCGUCGUCUGCAAGGACAUCAACAAGAACGGCGUCGUCGGCGACCUGACAUCGACGACGGCGAGGAAGAAACGCGGCAACGAGCGCAUCACGGUGAACGUGAGCGGACUACACUUCGAGACGCGAGCGCGGACUCUGAACCGCUACCCGGCGAGUCUGCUGGGUGACCCCGUGAAGCGGGUUCGUUACUUCGACUCUCUGAAGAACGAAUACUACUUCGAUCGUCACCGACCCAGCUUCGACGCCAUAUUGCAUUUCUACCAGAGUAAAGGGCGCCUCAAGCGGCCGACGAACGUACCGAUGGAAGUCUUCAUCGGCGAAAUCAAAUUCUUUCAACUCGGCGACAAGAUUCUAGAGCAAUACUUAGAAAGCGAGGGCAUCGUGAAGGAGCUACCCAGCGAACUUCCCAGCAACCCGACGAUGCGCUGUAUCUGGAUGCUGUUCGAGCAUCCGGACAGCUCGUGGGCCGCUCGCAUCGUCGCCGUCAUUUCUAUCAGCGUCAUUGUCUGCUCCGUCAUCACAUUCUGCAUCGAAACACUACCGCAGUUCGGUAAGCCGGUAGAGGACGACGGCGGCGACAACAACGGUACGGCGCCGACGUUGAAGACGCGGCAGGAGAUUGAGGACAUGCUGCUACAUGAUCCGUUCUUCAUCACGGAGACGGUGUGCGUCAUGUGGUUCGCGCUCGAACUCUUCAUGCGCUUUAUCAGCUCGCCGAACCGCUGUAAGUUCUGGCAGAGCUUCAUGAACGUCAUCGACCUGACGGCGAUCAUCCCGUACUUCAUCAGUCUGACGGUGGCGUUCGCCGAACGCAGCGGCGACAUGGGCGGCAUGAGUCUCGCCGUACUGCGCGUGCUCAGACUCGUGCGUGUUUUCCGCAUCUUCAAGCUGUCGCGGCACUACAAGGGACUGCAGGUGAUCGGACAGACGCUGCGAGCCAGCAUCCCCGAGCUCGGUCUCCUCAUCUUCUUCCUCAUCAUUGGUAUGAUCCUGUUUGCGAGCGCAGUCUACUUUGCGGAGUUGGACAAUAAGAAAACGCAUUUCACCAGCAUCCCGGCGGCGUUCUGGUGGGUUGUCGUAACCAUGACAACGGUCGGCUACGGUGACAUGUACCCACAGACGGAGUGGGGUAAGCUGGUGGGUUCUGUGUGCGUGAUAUCGGGCGUGCUCACCAUAGCUCUGCCCGUGCCAAUCAUCGUCUCUAACUUCGACUACUACUACCAUCGCCACGUCGACAGUGCGGAGUUCUACGGUGAGGAUGACGACGCUGAGCUCGUGAAGGAUGCUGAGAAGGGGAUGGCUUCAGAUACGGAGGAUGACGUCGAUACGGAAGACGAGACGAAGGUGUGA